UAAGUUACGCAUUUAACAAAACUCUGUUUUUGUUUAAGUGAGAGAUGACAUUAUCUCAACGAAUGGUCAUUUGCUAAUAUUAGACUAAAAUCUUUUUUUUUUUUUUUUUUUUUUGGCUAAAAUAAAUAAAUUAAAUUAAAUUAAAUUAAAAGAAAGAAAGAAAAGAAAAGGAUUUCAUUAGUGCAUUCAACCAUUCAUCAACAGAUAAACCAGAAAGAUUUUGAAAAACCAACCAAUAACGACCUCUGUUUUUCCUUCCUCCUCCGAGAACAAGUGACAACUUUUCUUCUCCUUCUCUUGGGUGAUUAAUCUUCCCCAAACAAGUGACGAGUUUACUGUUUUGGGUGGCCCUAGAUUGACUAUAAAUUCUACAUCUAGAUGAAGUGGUGAGUAGAUAUUUGUGAUUAUGUUUUGUUGUUAUAAAAGAAUUUGAGAUAUAAAGACCAUCUUCUUCAACAGAACAAGGUGUAGUGUAGAGUACUGAUGAUCUGACAAAGUUUCAGCGUCCAUGUUAGCACAUGGGUCUCUCUCUUUUUGACUUGCCACCCAUGUGUUUGAUAAAAUGCUGGAGUGGGUACAUAAUUAGUUGGAUGGAAAUGGAAUCUCAUUAACAGAUUUCAAUUUAGUUUCUCAGUUGGGUUUUCAGUUGCUAUUAGUGCCCUUUCACAAAAUAUACCAACCCGUGGAAAUUGAUGCUGAUGCUACUAGUGGCCUUGCACAAGAAACAACUAACGCAACAUUAGAGGUUGAAGCUACUACUGCCCCUCCACAUGAAGGACAAGUGUUUGAAAUGGAUGAAGAUGCAUAUCAAUAUUAUUUUGAUUUUGCAAAGAAGAAUGGGUUUUCAAUUAGACGUGAACGCUCUUUGGGGAGUCAAGAGCAUCCCAUGGGAUUUUACAGAAGAGAAUUUGUCUGCCACCGUGCUUGUCUUCCUUGACCGCAGAAAGUAACUGAUAUUGAGUGACAAAGAAAUCAAAAAUCAACUCGAUGUGGAUGCGAGGCAAGAAUGUUAGUAGCAAAGGAUGUCACUGAUGGCAUCCCUAAAUGGAGAAUCACAAAAUUCACAAAUGUUCAUAACCACGAAGUAUUAAAAGAGGACGAAGCACGAUUUCUACCAGCAUAUCGUAGCAUUCAAAUAGAUGACAAAAAACGUAUCUUGCUUCUUUUUAGAGCUGGAUGUGCAGUGAAUCUUAUAAUGAGAGUGUUGGAAUUGGAAAAAGGUGUGGAGCCUGGACAAUUACCUUUUCUGGAGAAGGAUGUAAAAGAUUUCUUUCAAAGUUAUAAGAACAUUGGUCGAGAAAAGGAUGCUUCAGAACUUCUUAUGAUCUGCAAGAGCUUGAAAGAUCAAGAUGCUGACUUUUGUUAUGAUUUUACAAUUGAUGAAAAUAACAAGCUUGAACAUAUUGCAUGGUCAUUUGGUGAUUCAGUGCGCGCAUAUAGGGAUUUUGGUGAUGUAGUUGUAUUUGAUACCACGUAUCGACAGAAUCGUUAUGACAUGCCACUUGGAGUUAGGGCUGGUGUGAACAAUCAUGGAUGUUCAGAGUCGAGCAAUUAUUAUUUGAAAGGAUUUUUUAAUGUAAAAACCAAGUUACAGGAUUUUGUUGAGCAGGUGAGGGUGGCUGCUAGUAUUCAGAAUCUGGUUGGAGAGGAAGCAGCGGCAUAAGAGAAGUAUCAAAACUCACGUGUGACGAAAUUUAUGCCCAUUGAAGAACAUGCUUCCACUGUUCUUACGCCAUAUAGCUUUGAGCUGCUACAAAAGGAAAUUGUGUUAUCAUGCCAGUAUGCAAUGAUUGAGAAAGGUGAUGGAUCCUACAUGGUGCGUCAUUCCAUAGAGACAGAUGGUGGACGAAUUGUGCAAUGGAUGGCAUCAAAUGAGGACAUCUUUUGUACGUGUAAGGAAUUCGAGUUCUCAGGAAUCUUGUGCAGGCAUGCCAUUCGAGUGCUUGUUUCCAAAAAUUAUUUUCGACUCCCUGAUAAAAAUUUGCCAAUGAGGUGGAGAAGUGAGAUGUCACUACUUUUGAAGUAUGAUCAAAGCAAUAGAAGGGAAGAAGAUGAUAUUUCUCAAAAUUUUCACUCUCUCACUUUUCAGUUCUGCAGGAAGAAUCAUUAAGGACUAGAAGUCGUGCUGACUAUGCAGCUAAGGAAGUAGAAAGAGUCCUUAGUGUUAUUAGAAGCAUGCCAAGUAGUGAAGAGCCAAUUUUAGAAUUUGAUCAACAUCCAAUAACUGAAAUUGAGGAAGCCCAAAUGGUAUAGAACCAGUCUCCAUUAAGAAUCCAAAUCCAUCAAAAACCAAGGGGCAGCCAAAGGUAACAAGACAAACAGGUGGUGUUGAAGCUGCAAAAAAAGCUAGAUAUUGUCAUGUCCCGGACUGUGGUGGAACAAUCAUGAAGCUAGAAAUUGUCCAAAUACGAAGAAAAUUACAGAAGUAUCAUCUACCCAAUCUCCUUUUUUACUCUCCAUCUUUCUGUGUGAGCAUCUUGACCACAAGCACAUGAAUUUGGGUGGGUGGAGACGAUAUCUGGUCCCCAUGUGUACAUGAGAAAUAUCUGGUUUCUGCUUUGCCAUACUGUUUUGCUAUCAGGCUGUGUCCAAUAACUGCUUUUCCAUACUCCUUUAUUCGAACUCCUGAUGUUUC